UUUUUUUUUUCUGCAUACGACUUUUAAAAAUGAUUGAAAUUUACAACCCUGCUAAAGUCAACACAGUGAACCAUACACGAGCACAUACCAUUACGAAAAAGAAGCCUGUUAAAGCAAACCAUGUACCUACUGCUUGUCUCAACUGUAAAAAAGCUCAUCUUGGAUGUGAUUUGUCGCGUCCCUGUAAAAGAUGCUCUGCGUUAGGAAAAUGCGAUACCUGUAUUGAUAUUAAGCAUAAGAAACGUGGUCGACCAAAAUUAGCGGUCAGUUCCAAAAAGACGAACAAAAAUCUAGAAGCGCCUAAAACACCUCAAAACAACCUGAUACCAUUAAUACCAAUGACCGCACCCGGUUUACCAGCAUGUUCCUUUAACCUGACACAAUCUGCUUACUUAAACAAAACACAACAUACGGAAGAACGAUUAGCCCCCAGUGAAAUGAUGACAAUCUUUCUUUCGAUGGAUUUGUGCUGUGCACGUAUAUCAGAUGAAUCAGUGGAAUUUUUAAAUAUGAAGCCUAAUGACGUGGGUCACUGUUCAUUUUAUGAUUUGAUUCACUCAGACUCGUCAGAAACACUAUCACGAAUUCAUCGUAUACUGCUGGAUAACAGCCAUUCUACCCGUGUUCCACAACAACAGCCUAUCUCUUUUACUACGUCUGCCAGUUCUGAUUUGUUCCUGACUUCGUCACCUGCACAACUUUAUCAGAUUGCAAAUGGAUCUCAGACUUUAAGGGAAACUUUAAAGUUUAAAUCGCCAGGAAGAAAUCUAUCAUGUAAGUUCUAUUUGGGAGGAGGCUUUGGUGCAGAUCUAUUUGUGCCUUCUACAUUGGACAAUUUAUACAUGGUGUGUAAUAUUACAGAGUUAAAACCUGACUCUUUAAAUGUGGUGGAUGAUUCAACAAUGAACAUGUUUUUUCAACAAGAACAAUUGGAUUCAAUUUGGAACACAACAAAUUUAAUGUCCAUGUAUGACAAUAGUUUGCCCACUGAUAAUGAAGCAUUUGAAUUAGUUAAUCAUCUUUGUGAAUCCUUCAUGACACCUUCUACACCGCCAGAAGGAACGACUGUUACAGGUUACUAUAGUGGGAGUGACACUAGUAUCGACAGUAUUCUAUUAGACUGUAUCCCUGUUCAUCAACCCUGCAAACCACUAGAAUUUGAUGCACUGCUAGACACUACUGCUUUAUUAGAUGAUUCGAUGUUUCUGUUUACCCCACAAAUCCCCGGAGCUACUCUGCUGAGUCGGUGGGAAAAUGGAUCUCCUCCCAGCGCUGUGUGAAUCCCAAUUGUGUCAUCCCUCCGCGGGAAAGCUUAACUAUUUUGGAACUCUUUUUUAACGUUUUGUCAAUAAAGAAUCCAGUUAUUUUUUUCACGUGUAA